UCGAGAAGAAACAUUCAUUCGAGAUCUUCUCCUGCGGGAGCCUUUUCUGCACAGAUAGCAAGGGGCCAGCGUUCGGGCGAACGCGACGCAUGAAAGUGUGCCAUGAACCUCGCAAGCUUCUGGACCGUAUCGGCAACGGCGCUCAUCGUCGUCAGUGAAGCCCAAUCAGCUGAGAUACUGUACAGAAUGGACUUCGCCAACGGAACCUGCAAUACAAACCUUGGGGCGAUCCCAGAUGGACAUUCGUUCUAUGACGAUGUUGCGUGCGUGCGUUACGUUUGUGCUGCCAGCGCUAGGUCGAUCAAGUUCAUCGAGUGUCCAAAGUUUGUCGUCGACUUGACCGACGGUGCCUGCCGCAUCGCUUCGGGAAAGCUUGGACGCUAUCCCGAAUGCUGUGACUAUCCGGAAUGCGACCACAACGGGCAUUCAUACGACCAAAUUCACCCAACGCCUCCCAGCAUCAAAGGAUCUCAUAAUCGCGACGUGAAGUCUGUGAUCCCGAAGCACGUGAAGCGGCCGCAUAGAAUAGUCAAAAAACAAAAACCUGGAAAGUGAUGUCUCGUGGCCUGUUUUCUUUUCUCUGCU